AUGGCGAAGAGAGACCCCUCCGAUGAUAAGGGCUCCUCGGAGUGCGGUAUGUCGCGAGGGUCCGGAGACGCGUCGCCGAUGUCCGCGGGCGUGUCCCCCCGCGCGUCCCCGCCCGUCACCCCGGGCUCCCCGCGCCGGUCUCCGCACCGCUCGCCCAACAGAUCUCCAAGACAUGAGAGGUCGGAAGCAAGCUGUGCCUCGCCAGCGCCAUCAGUGGGCAGCGCUGGGUCACGAGACGCGCCCCCGGAACCACGACCAGCACACCAUAUAUUUUCACCAUUUGACCAUUCCGGUGCUUUCCGCUCGUCUCCAGCAGGCAGCGCGGAGGCCCCCGCACCGCCACCUCCACUGUUUCUACCGCCGCACUUGUCGCAUCUCUCUCAACACUUGAACCACUUGUCGCAACCAUUCUUCCCUUUGAAAGGCUGGGGCGCCCCUUGUCCCUGCUGUCCGAAAGAAGAAGCGCGCUCUUCCAGUGUGGCUGAACUCCGUCGCAAAGCACACGAGCACUCAGCCGCGUUGCUUCAAUCACUGGCUAACUUCCAAUCCCGAGCACUACUACCGCUACCGCUACCCCUGCCCCCACUACCGCUGAAUUUGCUGCACGAACCUACUGCAUCACCCUCACAGGACCCCCCCAAACACUUAGAAUAG